UCACUGGUAUAUAAAAACUCACGGCCAGAACCGAUUGAUAUCAAUCACUGACCAGAACUGAACCGAACAAUAUCAAAAUGUUCAGCAAAAUCGUAGCUUUCGGAGCCAUGCUCGCAGCGGCCAGCGCUGGUUACUACCCAGGACACGGCCAUGCCGUUUCAUCCCAAAGCAUUGUUCGUCAUGACGAGGGCCUCUCUCUUGGACAUAUCGCCGCUCCCGCUCACUACGCCGUACCCCUAGUACAGGCAGCUCCCCUCGCACACUACGCCGCCCCAGCUGCCUAUGCUGACCAUUACGACGGUCACGAUGAAUACGCUCACCCCAAAUACGACUUCGCGUACUCAGUAGCUGACCCCCACACCGGUGACCACAAGUCCCAGCACGAGAGCCGCGACGGUGACGCCGUGCACGGAUACUACUCCCUGGUACAGCCCGAUGGUUCCGUCCGCAAGGUCGAAUACACCGCUGACGACCACAAUGGAUUCAACGCUGUAGUCCACAACUCUGCCCCAUCUAUUCACCCCCAGGUCGCCUACGACGUGUUUAUAUAUUUCGACUUACCCACUGUGGUCAUCAGCAGAGUAUUCAACCUUACGGACGGAACCAUCAGGCUGCACCAGGGAAUAGUAUCCGUGCACGGCGUCACCGUCGCGGCUCUCGUGCUGGGACUUGUGGUCACCGGUGUGGGGCAUAGUGAGCAGAAGGUGCAUAUACUACGGGAGCAUAAGCCAAGGGGGCAGCGUGUACAAGAGGAGAGGCGUAGGACAAAUGAGUGCUAUGGCCUUCGUCAUGACGCACGAUACUUUGAGAAGACACGGCAUGACCGUGCAAGAGACCAGCGUUGGCUGCUGCCAGCAAGAUUGAAAGAUAUUGAAUAUAGAAAAAUGUUCUCCAAAAUCGUUGCCUUUGGCGCCCUACUGGCUGCGGCCAAUGCGGAUCUUUAUGGACAUGCUGUGUCUUCUCAAAGUAUUAUCCGACAUGAUGGAGGACACUACGCUGCUCCUCUGGCAUACGCUCCUGUGGUAUAUGCACCUGUCUCACAAUAUGGACACUACGACGGCGCCCAUUACGACGGACAUGAUACUUACGCACACCCAAAAUACGACUUCGCGUACUCAGUAGCCGACCCCCACACCGGCGACCACAAGUCCCAACACGAGAGCCGCGACGGUGACGCCGUGCACGGAUACUACUCCCUGGUGCAGCCCGAUGGUUCCGUCCGUAAAGUUGAAUACACCGCUGAUGCUCACAAUGGUUUCAAUGCUGUAGUGCACAACUCUGCCCCGUCGAUUCAUCCUCAGUCCGCUUACCAUCAUUAUUACUAAGCGAACUCGUCAAAUUAAAAUGAAAUUUUAAACAGAAUUUCUUUACUAAUAAACGUUGUAUAGCAAUAGUAUACUUACAUAACGCUUUGUCUUCUUCUUUCUAAUGUAGAAUUACGGAAGACAAAAAGAGAGUAAUAGCUAUCUUACCCACUAUAAAGCGUUUAUUAGUAUAUGGUUAUCCAUAAGUAUUUAUUAUUUAUUAAA